UCAACGUCCACCAUGUCCAUUCCACUUAAUCUGGUUUCCUCACCAUUGGUAAUUUAUAACCAUACUCUCUAAAACACCUAGAAUACCAAAUCUUUUGAGAUUCGCAUUUAAAAAUCACAUGAAAUUCGCAUUAUUGGUAUAACAGACGACUUAGAUCAGAUCCUCUAGGAAUUUCCCAAAAUCUUUUUCAUCACAAUAAUUCUCACUCUCUGUUUGCUGUCUCUUCAUCAUUUGUACGUACCAUACUCUCUCUUUUUCUUUUCAACCGAAAAAGCUGAUCAGAACUUCCACGAAUGCACAAAGUUAAAAGUGAGCUUCUUCUUCACAUACAGGAGAGAAGAACCCACCAAAUUAAACCGUAUCACCCAGAAAUUUCCCACCCACUGAAGCCCACUCUUGGGUUUUCCUAGCAUGUGUGGGCAGCUUCACCAAUUCAAAUUCACCUGCCAGUUCGAUUUUAUGGGUUGAUCAUUUCCAUUUAGGGCUUUGAGGAUUUUGGUCUCAAAUGAAAGAGUGCUAAUUUUGUGCAAUCAUGGGUAGUUCAUAAAUUGGAGCUUUCGAGAUAUUUCUUUUUUCCUCCCUUUGGGUUCAUCAACAUCAUCGUCGGAGCUUUGAGCUUUAUCUCUAUACUUAAAUGAACGCUUUUCCGGCUGACAUUGUUAGUUUCAGAAAUUAGCAUCCCAGAGGGUUUCUGGUUUUCACAGACUUUCGAAGAUGCUUAGGAGCCCCUAGUAGUCUUCCCGGCCUUCCCACGUUCAUAGAUUAUAAUCUUUCAGGCGUUCUGUAACAUUUUUUUUUUCUUGAUCAGAGUGUAUACGAAAAGUUUAUCCGGUGAUCGGAAGCUGUUUUAUUAAUUCAUAACUCCACAAGGAGCUCUCUUAUUUUCCACAAGAUAGGGAAAUGAGUCGGACUCGUUGGCAACCCAUUCGCGAUCUGGUAAAAAAGCUCAAAUUAAUCUCUCUCCCCGAUAAACCGUGCGAGAUUUUCCCAAUUCUCGCGAGAAUUUUCAUCCUCUUCUGUCUCGUAUCCUCAAUCUCGAUCGUCCUCUACGCCGCCUUCUUCCCCCAAAACCACCCGUUCAGUUUCCCAGCUCCAAACCGGACCGCACCAGAACCCAAACCCGAACUCGAUUCCGUACCCACUAACAUCUCCCACAUCCUCUUCGGUAUUGGCGGAUCAGCAGCGACAUGGAACAGUCGCAGCCGAUAUAGCUGUCUCUGGUGGGACGCAAAAAGAACUAGAGGUUUCGUCUGGCUGGACAAAAUUCCCAAAGGCAAAAACAAAAUCCUCAUAUCGGCACCCCCGCAUCGGCUUUCCUCUCGGGAAUGGACUCGGUUCAAAUUCUCGAGCUCCAGAUCGGCGGUGAGGAUAGCGAGGAUUAUAAGCGAUAGCUUUAAAUUGAAGUUGCCUGGCGUGAGGUGGUUCGUGAUGGGAGACGAUGAUACAGUGUAUUUCACAGAGAACUUAGUUUCAGUGUUAACGAAAUAUGAUCACAAUCGGAUGUGGUACAUUGGAGGGAAUUCUGAGAGCGUGGAGCAAGAUUUGAUACACACGUAUGAUAUGGCUUUUGGCGGUGGAGGAUUCGCGAUCAGCUAUCCGUUGGCGGAGAAAUUGGUCGCCAUAUUGGACGGUUGUCUGGAUAGGUACUUUUAUUUCUACGGCUCUGAUCAGAGGAUAUGGGCGUGUAUCAGUGAGAUCGGUGUGCCACUUACCAGAGAACUAGGAUUCCACCAGUUUGAUAUUAGAGGGAAUGCAUAUGGUCUUAUGGCAGCACACCCUGUAGCCCCACUGGUAUCCCUCCACCACCUUGAUUAUGUAGAUUCAUUGUUCCCAUACAAGAACCAAACGGACUCCCUCAAGUCUCUUAACGGUGCAUACCAGUUAGACCCACCCCGUAUCCUUCAACAAACAUUCUGCUAUGACUACAAGCGCAAAUGGUCGAUAUCAGUAGCAUGGGGCUUCACUGUUCAGCUGUACCCCUUGCUAUUGCCAGCGAAGGACCUGCAAACUCCAUUGCAGACAUUCAAAACAUGGAGGGGUUCGAGGGAUGGACCAUUCACAUUCAAUACCCAACCCAUGAAAUCCAACCCAUGUGAACUUCCUGUUGUUUUUAUGCUGGAGCAGGCGGAGGAAGUGGGCCAAAGGGGGUCCCUGACUAGUUACCAGAUGAAUGAGCCUACACCGGAGAAGUGUAACAGAACAGAUUAUGCAGAAGCAAUGUCAUUGCAGAGAAUUGUGGUAUCAGCUCUGAAAUUAGACCCACAAUACUGGACUAAGGAUUACGAAAGGCGGAGACAGUGCUGUGAUGUUAGAGGCAUAAAGAAGAGCAAUAUGGAGAUUAGGAUUAGAAAGUGCAGGCCUUGGGAGACUAUUACCAUUGCGGGGUAGAUCAGCUCUUUAACAUCUUACUGUAUAUAGUCAUAUUUACAAUAAUCACAUAGGAAAGAGAUGAAAGUGAGAACAGAAUGAAUGCUUUUUUUACUUGUUUUUGAUGAGGAAAUUGCGUACUUUUAUAGAGUAUGAUUCCCUAUCAUGUGCUUUUUCAAAUUAAUACAGCCACCCACUCCCUCUUGUUUAUUUUGU